AUGUUGGCUCUACUCUUUGCGUCCUUUCUUCUCUUUACGUUGCUUCAUCAAUCACCCAUUUCUCAUUGCCUUCAUGACUCACAACUGCAUCUUCGGCAACUAAUUAGUCAGUGUGAUGAGAAAUGCGGGAAGUUGCAUAUCCCAUUUCCAUUUCACUUGAACACUUCUUGUGCUUCAGUUUCCAAUGUUUUUCAUCUUUCUUGCUCAAACUCCACUACCCUUUACCUUAACAUGGACUCUCAAAGUUAUAGAGUCCUGGAAUUCUUCUCUGAUGGUAUAUUAGUAGACUUUCCGGGUAGCUCCACUUGUCGUCAGUACAACGAUUUGAAUUCCUUUGGUUUGACAAUAAAUAACUACUUUGGAAUAUCUGUAGAUAAUGUUAUUGGUUUAUAUGAUUGCGAGGAUUCUUCUUUGUGUAAAGCAGAUUGUGAAACAAUUGACUUGCCUGGUUGCGAUGGCAGUGACAGUGGCUCUCCUGCCUGCUGUUAUCCACUUUCUGAUCAUACUUCAUGGGAUUUUGGAGAUGGGUUUUCAGUGUUUUCUAAGUUUGGAUGCAGGGGAUUCUCUUCUUGGGUUGUUUCUCGCGGUACUAAUACUGGAAAACGCGGUGUUAAGUUGGAAUGGGCGGUUCCAAGGAAUUCAUCCAAGGGAGUUUGUGCUGACAAUGCAGACAUUGUAAAUGCCACAGCAGUUGAUAGAGGAAUAAGGUGCAAGUGUCAGGAUGGAUUUGUUGGUGAUGGAUAUGCUAAUGGAGAAGGAUGCAUGAAAUCCAGCAUCAAGGAUGGAAGGGAAGCACACGGAAGUGAUUGUGAUACAACAAAGCACAGGGGAAAUCUGGUUACUAUUUUAGCCGGAGUUAUUGGUCCGAUAUUUAUCAUUGCCUCCUUGAUUGCACUGUUUUGUAUAUUGAAAAGGCCUGUUAAAGCCGACAUGUACGACACCGACCAGGCUCAUUUACAUAGCACCAUCUCAUUCAGGAAAGCUUGUAGGACUCGAUUAUUCAAUUACCAUGAGCUAGAAAAUGCUACCAGAGGAUUUGAGGAUGGUCAAAAACUUGCAAGCAGCAAUAACGGCACAAUGUAUGCUGGGGUCCUUGGAGAUGAUACACAUAUAGCUGUGCACAAAGUACCAUGCCAAGAUGAAAGAGACCUCAUUCAGGUCCUGUCUAGGAUUGAGAUUUUAUCUGCAGUUUUACAUCGGAAUAUGGCACGUCUCCUUGGAUGCUGCAUCGACUCUGUCUACUCUCCACUAGUAGUCUAUGAGUAUCCUGCUAAUGGUACCCUGCAGGAACAUUUGCACCAAAGUGGAGAACAAAAGGUUUGCCUUGAUUGGUAUAAGAGAUUGAGAAUUGCUGCAGAAACAGCAAGUGUUCUUGCAUUCUUGCAGUAUGAAAUCCUUCCUCCUAUCUUCCACCAUGAUCUCAAAUCCAGUAACAUAUUUUUAGAUGAAGAUUUAUCAGUUAAAGUCACCGGGUUCAAGCUACUUACCACUAGCCUUGGAAGUGAAUCUUAUUCAUAUAGCAAUCCUGAAGGAUCACGUAUUCACAAAAGCGAUGUUUACAACUUUGGUGUGUUGCUUCUGGAGUUAAUUACAGGCACUAAAAACAAAGAACCCCCAGCUAUAGCAUUGCAAAAGGUUAGAAAUGGGAAGCUAGAAGAAAUCUUGGAUACGGGUCUAUAUUAUCACGAGCAACCACCAUUUCGCAGAGAGCAAAUAGAGGUAGUUGCUGACCUUGCUACAAGGUGCCUGUUGUUUGGUGGAGAUGGUAAAAUUGGGAUGAUUGAAGUUGCCAAGGAACUGAUACACAUUGCAAAAGAGAGCAUUGAUGGAAAUAGUAAAAGGGGACGUGGACCUGAAGAGACAUUUUCAAAUUCAAGCCUCCUUCAAAUGAUAUCCAUGUCUCCUGACUCUAUAUAUGUUCCUUGA